UCAUCUCCUUCAUUUAUCAUCCCUUCAACACAACCAGAGACCCAGAAAGUGAAAGACAAGAAUCAAAAUAUGGCGUCCAGCGACAAGCCAGCAGGUCCUUUGAAACAGGGUGGGCUAGAAUCACAGCCUCCAGGAGGGAGAGUUAGUGUGGCGCAAGAGAUGUUGGGCAAAGGGGCUAGUAUUUUGCAGUCACACAAUCCUCUUAAGCAAAUCUCCCACCACGCUUGCUCCUUUGCCCUUUACGCUCACGACCUCUCUCGACAGAUCGAAACCCACCAUUACGUCUCUAGACUCAACCAAGACUUCCUCCAAUGCGCCGUUUACGAUUCCGACACCUCCCAUGCCCAUCUCAUUGGUAUUGAGUAUAUUGUGUCGGAUCGAAUCUUCGAGACUCUGUCCCCCGAUGAACAAAAGCUUUGGCAUUCCCACGCAUACGAAGUAAAAUCAGGGCUGAUGGUACAUCCACGAGUCCCGGAAAUGGUAGUCAAACCAGAAUUGGAAAAUCUAGCCAAAACCUACGGAAAAUUCUGGUGCACGUGGCAGGUGGAUAGAGGGGACAAGCUGCCGAUGGGAGCCCCGGCGCUGAUGAUGUCCCCGCAAGCGACGGGGGUGGGAAUGGUGAGGGAGGAGCUGCUGCAAAAGAGGGAUGAGUACUAUAACAUUUCCACACAUGCAAUUAAGGGGUCGAGAGUUGAGAUAGAGGAACCGGAGUGGAUCAAUCCCCAGGCCGAUUAUUGGAAACAGCACGACGGUAAGGGCUUUGCCAUCGACAUUGUGCCUACGGAUAUGAAGUUAAGGGCACCCUUUCCUUAAGAUAUUGACACAGUACAGUAUA